AUAUGUGUAUAAAGUUUGGCAGUGCAUUUUGAAUGGCUGAUGACAUGACCCUAUUUGGCUUUUCCUGCACACAAAAGAAAAACGGAUGUGAUGGGGCUGUGUUGGGGUUGAAGAUCACAGUCGUUGUGGGAGCUUUCUUUCUGCAGUUUGGCUCAUCCGCACAGGUGUGCACAGGAGGAAAAAAGAAUUGGAAAUGGACGCCCUCGAUGACGAACAGACCCAGGAGAAAGUGCCUUGUUUUUUGAUCCAGAUGUAUCAUCCAGAACAAGGCAAUUUAAAUGUUUUCAACUUCAUCAAAUUCAACGAAAAGCGAAAUUAUAAAUCGUACGAGACAAUGACCUUUGGUCGGAAAGACACCUGCAAUGUCCGACUGAGCCACCCAAGAGCUUCCAGGUUACAGUUUCAAAUUGAAGCUUUCCUUACGCCAGAUAAUUCAAGACUUCAGUUCGAAGUCAAAAAUCUGAGUGACAGAUUUUUAUUGUAUCUCAAUGGCCAAGAACUGAGUUACUUACAGAAGCACCAUCUGCCUUGGAGUUGUAAUCUCAGGUUCAGUGAGUUUGAGUUUUAUUUGGAGCAAGAAGAAGGGGAAACAGUGAUGCAGUAUGAUGUUACAUUUCAGAAGAGGACCCGCGUCCCUUGUGAAAAUGAAAGCCCCAGCGUUUCUUCUCAGUUUGAAAUGCCUUAUCAGAACCUGCAUCGCAUAUUCCAGGAGCCGGUGGAAGUUGGUGAAGACCUUGAGCUGCAUAUGGUUUCCUAAAAGAGCAAGAAUGCACGACCAUUUUGUAUGUAAGCCUGGCUCGGUUGGUAGCACUCUCCCUCCUCCCGACUCAGAAGGUU